ACUACUUCCCACCACCACUUAAAUCUCUUUCUCCAAAACUUUCAUUUCUUCAUCUCUCUACAGAAAUCAAAAAAAAGCAAUGAGCUCAAUGAUGGAAACUCUCCAGAUUCGCAAACCCACUUCUCUCCCCGUUUCUCAACAACGCCUUACUCCCUCCUCUAAAGAUGAUGAGCAUGGUGUUAUACGCCGUCGUCUCUCUUCUCUCUCACUCAAUCUCCUAAACCAACCAUCAGAGAUCGCAUCUCGCUUCCCCAAGUCCAAAUCCGUUUCAGAUAUGGGAAAGCAAGUAGGAAGCUCUGUUAAAGAAUGGUGGGAAUGGGGCUGGUCGUGGAUCCUCUCUAGGAAACCUAUUUUCAUCAGAGAUCUCGAGCUUAACAGAGAGGAAGCUAAAACUAUUGGUUCUCAGAACAGAGGAAGUAUAAUGCACGUCUUCUUCAAGGUCCGUUCUCAGAUCCGAAGUCUCAUGGGCUCUUCUUCCGACACUCUUCCCAAAUACAAGCGUCAAAAAUGAUGAAUAUUGUCAAAUUUCAGACGUACGGUUGAGAGAUAUUGUGAUUUGUCUCUAAAGAAAAUAUGUAUUGGUUUCCUUUUUCGGGCAUGAACAGUUGGAGUAUAAUCAAAUCAUAUACACAAAUGUUUUUGAAAAGAAUGCGAUGUUUAUUUUGUUGCUAUAGUUAAUUUCAUUAUUUGUUAAUUUGAUUUGUUUUUUUACAUGUUGUGCAGUAUGUGUAUUUAAUAACCUUGCGAUAUAGAAAUCUGUUAUUCUGUUAUAAAACGCGCCAAAUUCUUUGGCCACCGUCAUCACAAGUGGUUGCAAUUGAA